AUGGGCUCAACACCACCAUCGGUCAACUGGCCAUCAGUUCCUUGGGCGAGGGCCCAGACGCAAGGUCUGGCUGCGCGUGCGUAUGUUCGUAGACGCGUACGCACAGAAUGGGCCACCAAAGGACGAGCCGCGCAGAAACUCGGUGGAACUGCUUUCUCUUGGCCCGUACAGGUGGUGAACCAGGUGGCAUCGUCGACGUGUUACUGGAACCGGAACGGCGAUGGUGGCAUCAGUGGCAUCUUGUCUCUCGAUUACUACCGCGCGUUCUGGUACGUUUCGUACAGAGAAAGCAGUGUCGGUAUGGAAAGUCACCCAGUCGUGCCGCACUCGACCGCUCCUCGUCCGUUGUCUCGACUCUGGGACAACACCACUUGCAUCCUCUUCUCCCAUCGCAACGCUGCUUCCUGUGUACGAUAUACGAUGUAA